AGUUGAUAGUCACUGAUUUUUCCAUGCAGACUUCAUCAAGCAUAGCAAAUAUAUUAUAUAGGAUAUAAUGCUAACUACAACAAGCAUCGACAUACAACUACAACCAGUUAUUGUAUACUUCAUUUUUGUGUUAUUGGAUAUUAAUUUUCCUUCAAUUUUGAGAGGGUUUUUCCGGAACAGUUUCAUUUAUCUUUUAGAAAUGAAUCUUGCGCGUGAGGGUUAAAUUACCGUAUUCAAGUUGAGCCAUAAUUAACGAGACCAUCAACAAACAUACGUUUAUAGUUUCGAGGAAUCAGCCAAUAUGCCUAGUACUCUAGUACAGGUAUUAUAGCAGUGAUUUACUGUUUUAAAACUAUGGAGCGCCACAUUUGUCUUUAUUAUCAUAUUCAUGCCGGCGAUCAUUCAUUUAUGUUAGUGUUGCAGAAGGCAAAUAUGAAAUAAUGAUAAUCAUGAAACGCAAUGUUUUACCCAUCUGACGAAAGAAACAUUCAAAUUGAAGAUGACAUGUUGAAAGUGGAAUGCCAUUUAACAUGGAAAGAACUGAAAGACAUUGAGGAAACUAUUUUAGAGAGGGAAAAAAAGAUUUUGAGAGUCAGACGUCUGGACUAUGAUACACUACCAACCUAUUUUGUGUCAAUUAAAAAUUUGUAUGGAUAUAUUUUGUACAAAUUAGGUGAUGUAGACGGAAGUAUAAAUAUUUUUGAAGAAGUGUUAGAAAAAGACCCAGUUAAUCUUAACUCGGUAAACAAUCUUGCUGUGCUAUAUUGGGAGAUUGGGAAAUUGAAAGUUGCCAAAAAAUAUAUGCAAAUUUCGGAAAACAUUGUAAAAAAUGCUGAACAACAUAUAGCCCUAUACCCGCGCGCGUUCUGUGAGAGGGCGCAUUCUAUACGCCACUUUCAGCAAGACUGUCGUGAUUUUACUUACAUGCCGUAUUUAUGCAAAGCGAUUGAGUUUGGUGCUAAAAUCAACAGUCCUGAGAAGGCCGAGUGGCUGUUUGAGUAUGGUCAAGCAUUGUUUCGGAAAGAUUACCAAUUGGUACUUGCUUACGCUAGCUCCGAAGAAUCGGAGCCAAACUUUGAAGAGGCCAUUCGCAGUUUCUACGAUGUCAUACUAGUGAAAAAUGGCUCAAAGGUGUAUAAAGCUCUGUCGUGGAUUUUUAUGGGAAUUUUACUUCGACAUGAUAAAACGCGUUCUUUAAGACGUUGUUUCCCAAGUAAUUCAGAUAUUCACGAAUUAACCAGUAUUCAAUGUAUUGAAAAGGGCCUUCAUUUAUCUCCUGAUAAUGAAAUAGUUAUGAGGAGAGUUGCAUCCGAAUUGUCGCUGGUUGGUUGUCACGAAAGGGCCAAAGAACUCUUUGAAAAAUCGCUUGCCAAGGAUUGA